AUGCCACUUGAUAGUCAGAGUGAUCCGCUCGCGAAUUAUGGUCGGGAGAAUCGUGCCGCGCCCAAGCCUGGCCAACAGCAAAUACCCAGCUUCGAUCGAACGAUUUAUGACGACGAUGGUCCUGCGUCCAUGCAAGUUUCUGUGCCAGCGGCUGCGCAGGACCAGGAAUCUUCGACGUCAGCACAGGUAGCGGCGACACCGAAAGAAGAUACAGGAAAAAAGAGGAAGUUGACCACAGAGGAGAAGAACUCUUGUCCUUUUGGUGAUACGCGCUGGCCACCACCGAAUGCAUCCAUCUCAAGGCCUUUAAACCUUCUCAUAGGCAAAGGUGAGAAGGUUUUAUACUACCAUUUGACAUAUGAAAACGACGCGCCCGAAGUGGCCUUGAGCUGGAGAGAUCCCAUGAGAAGUAAAGCCACUGCAGCGUACGCAGAAAAAGGGCUUGUGGUAGAAGUGUCAAAGGAAGGGAAAAGCAAAAAGGAGAUCAAAAUUGAAAAGCAGAAGGCGCUUGAAGAAGAGAUUCCUAAAGCGAAGCUGGCCGUUAUAAACGCCAAGAACACGAGAAUGCUCACGGAACUGAGCACAGGGCCGCGGGGAACGAUCUGGCAGCUGGAUGAAGAGCACUUGCAUGUCUGGAGAUGCAUUGAAGUCGUGCAAAAGGUCCAUGGGGUAGUGGGACUGGGUCCUGACCGGAGAGAAGUUUUCUCCAUGUUCGGCGUCGGCUUGAAGUCGAUCAAGGAUGAUUUGCUGUUGGUAAGCCAGAGGGUUGAUGAAGCGAGUUAG